GCGCAUGUCGCCACACGUAGUUCAUCUGUAGCCCACAGCUCUAGAACCAGACUAAAACACUAAUAUUGUGACCAGGACCUACUUUAAUUCAGGAGAAAUCUGUAGUAGUCCACUAUGCACUGACUAUGAGGUGCCGGUGACCUGCAUUGCUAGCUGAUGACUUGAGAGGUCAACUGGGGGCACGGCUCCAAACAGGUAACAGGUAAGCUCCAGGUACUGUCAUGAACUCUCUCCCAGUAAGCAGAGCGAGACCAGUUUAAGAGAUAUUAUGUACAGUGAACUAGGGUGCUCGGAUUCAACUCAUUUUUGUCAGAACGUCAUGCUUUCAGAGCAUAGAAAUCACAUCAAAUUGGUUGUCAGAUAUAAGGAAAACUAGUCUAAUUUUUGAACCAGUUAAAUGUCUUGUUCAUAAUAUUCACCAAUGGCGGAUCGGACACAGCAGACAUCUCCCCCUUGGCUUCUAGGUAUGCCUAUAUUCUCCCCGUGAAAAUACAACGAACAAUCUGACAAGAAAAAACUGCACAUAAUCUAUCAUAUCUUCUAGGCUAAUCGCUGUGCCCUACAUAGCCUAUUAUUAGUGAAAUUGUCAUCGCCUACUGUUUUGUAUUUGGCGAGUGAAGCAAGAAAAAAAUUGGUCUUGUUAGAAAAACCAGGGAUUGUCAGUAGCAAAUUUGAAAUAGGGCUUGACGAGUGUCAUGGGAAUGAGUUCCUCGAGGUCCAUUUUGUGUCAGGACGCGAUGGAAAUUGAUUAUUUACUGAGUCAGCUAUAUCCUUGGUUUGCCAGCUAAUUCGAAAAGGAUGCCGCCCUGCUGAUACCAGCCUCUGAUACUGCAACUGAAAACGACGCCCGUUUUAUUUUAUCGUCUGCGACUUUGCAACAAUUGGAAAAAAAAGAAAAAAAUAACAACAAAGAAUGGGAAGAUUCAAACUUAUUGGUGUCAUAGUUGUCAUCCUCGUUACUUGUUGUUCUUAUCUUCUGGUAAUGACAGAUCAGGCAUCAUCAAUACUCAGUGGAGAAGUUUUCCGUCCACUCACAGCGUCUUCCAAGACCAAAAUCUCUGACACUAGAAGUCUAGCAGACGACUAUAAGAUGUCCCUAGUAUAUCGAUCAAGCUCCGAUAUUGCCCCUGUUCCUGAGUACAAGUCAUUCCAGGGCGCCACUUGGCCAGGGAGGUGCUCACCCCACAGGCACAUAGUCUUUGUAAAAAUCCCUAAAACCGGUUCCACCACCGUGUCCAAUAUACUUUUGAGGUACGCGUUUCAAAACGAUUUACGAGUGGCCCUACCUGCUGCUGGAAGACACAAUUUGACAAUAAGAAACUCCAAUUAUGAUCUCCAUGCCGAUCAGUUUGACAGUACAAGUAGAGCAAAGUAUGAUAUAAUGGCACAUCAUAGCAACUACAGCAGAGAGGCAGUAGCUAGAAUCAUGCCGGCGGAUUCCGUGUAUGUGGUAAUGUUGAGAGAACCGUUAACUCACUUUGUGUCAGGUUUCAACUUCUUUAAAGUCGGAGAAAAACUUGGACUAGAGGGUAGAGGGCAGUUACACACGUUUCUCAGUUCAAGAGAUCUUUAUAAAUCUAGAAAAGUCCCCAAUCUGAUAAACGUUAUGAUAAAAUAUUUGGGGUUUCCUACAAGUCCCAAUAAAAAUAUUACCUCAGUGAACGAUUUCCUUCGAAUAAUUGAUAAAGAAUUCGAUUAUGUUUUGAUUCUAAAAUAUAUAGACGAAGGUCUGGUGAUGUUAAAGCGCAGGUUAUGCUGGGACAUAGCUGAUAUCAUAUACUUGAAAAUCCACAAAAUUAAAGCAACAGAGUACCAAGAUCUAAAGAGAGAGGGAGAAGACCCAGCCGUGUCUCAGCUAUUACACAAACUGAGCAAGAAAGAUUAUUUGUUAUAUCAAUAUUUUAAGAGAAAAUUUGAAAAAACACUUUUAAAGCAGAAUGAUGAUUUCUUUGAAGAAGUGAAAUUUCUCAAAGAAACCAAUGAAAAAGUUUCUACAUUUUGCAAAGCACGUUCCAAAGAUUCAACCCUUAAUAUCCGAGCAUGCAACUGGACGCGAGGCUUCACUAUCAGAAAACCGCAUUGCAAAUUGAUGAAGUUAACUAAUGUAAAAUUCUCUGUUUUAUUAAAGAAUAAGUUUUCUAAAAGCGUAAGAAACGAUGUCACUCGUCGUAUAUUGUAAUUCAUUUACCUACAGGACUCAUGAAGUCAAACCAUUUUGAAUCAUCUUAGCAACUCACUCUUUGCACGUACUUUCGAGAGUCUAUUGUAAUUUCAUCACAAGAGUACUGGAAUUCUUCUCGGCAAAAGCAAUUAUAUAGUAACUCCGGAUUCGACUUUUUAAA